AUGCCAAACAACAGAAAACAAGCAGAACAGAGACUGAAUUCGUUGUCUAGGAAACUUUGCAGUGACAGUGAAUUCCAUGACAAUUAUAAAGCUUUCAUGGACAAAAUUAUUAGCGAAUGCUAUGCACGAAAGGUACCUAUUGAAGACUUAAAUCAAGAUGAUGGACAUGUUUGGUAUUUACCACAUCAUGGUGUACUACAUCCCAAGAAGAAGAAACUUCGAGUUGUGUUUGACUGUGCAGCGAGGUUCCAAGGGACUUCACUUAAUGAACAGAUAUUACUGGGCCCUAACUUGAUAAACACACUCAUUGGGAAUUUGUUGGGAUUUAGAGAGGAGGAGAUUUCUAUUAUGGGGGAUAUCGAUAGUAUGUUCUACCAAGUACGAGUUCCUCCACAUGAUGCUACUUUUCUACGAUUUCUCUGGUGGAACGAUGGAAAUCCUUCCAGUAGUAUUAUUGAAUACCAGAUGGUUGUGCAUUUGUUUGGAGCCACGUCGUCACCAAGUUGUGCCAACUUUUGUUUACGAAAAACUGCUCGAGAUUGGACAGGACAUUUUAGUGAUGAGACAAUAAAGACAGUUCUUCAGAAUUUCUAUGUUGAUGAUUGUCUCAAGUCUGUGAAUUCUGUAAGAAAUGCUGUGAUAUUGGUGAAAGAGCUACAAGGACUGUUAGAAAGUGGAGGAUUUCACAUUUCGAAGUGGAUCAGCAACAGUCGUGAGGUCAUGAAUUCAAUACCAGUAUCGGAUAGAGCCAAGGAGGUCAAGGACUUGGAUCUUGACUACGAUACUCUACCGAUAGAGCGAGCCCUCGGCAUCCAGUGGUGUGUGAAUUCUGAUAUCUUUCAGUUUAAACUGGACUUUAACAAGAAACCACUUGCAAGGCGAGGAAUUCUGUCAAUGGUAAGCGGUGUGUUUGAUCCACUGGGAUUUUUAGCUCCACUACUUCUCAAGGCGAAAAUCAUUCUGCAGGAAUUGUGCAAGCUUCAGUUUGGAUGGGAUGAUAAGAUUCCAGAUGACAUUGCUUUUCAGUGGAAUAAUUGGUAUCAGGAUCUUGAGAAAUUGAAAGACUUCAAAGUGGACAGAUGUCUUAAACCCCAUGGUUUUCAUCCACUCAUGGUACAGUUACAUCAUUUUUCUGACGCAAGUGAAACUGGUUAUGGUACAGUGUCCUACUUGUGGAUGGAAAACGCCUGUGGUGAACGUCAUUGUUCCUUUAUUAUGGGCAAAUCUCGUGUAGCACCACUGAAGCAAACAACCAUUCCGCGAUUGGAGUUGACAGCAGCUACGGUAGCAGUGAGAACCAAUAAGAUGUUACUAAGGGAGUUGAACAUUCCUGUUGAUUGUGUUACAUACUGGACUGACAGCAUGACCGUUUUACGAUAUAUACAGAACAGUACAGCAAGAUUUCAUACUUUCGUCGCUAACAGGCUAGCAGUAAUCCAUGAAGGGUCACAACCAACUGAUUGGAGAUACAUUAACACAAAGUUGAAUCCAGCUGAUCACGCAUCUAGAGGUAUCUCAGCAGAUGGCGUACUGAAACAAAAGAACUGGGUUAAAGCCCCAAACUUCCUGUUUGAACCGGAAGAUAAUUGGCCAAUGUCACCUUCACAGCUUACUAACAGAGAACUGUUGGAUAGCGACCCAGAGGUGAAAAAAGUUACUGUAAAAGCAGUUAUCACAAAAUCACAGGAAUUAAAAGAGGAUACUACAGACUGUGUGAACAAGCUGUUUCAGUAUUAUUCGUCAUGGUAUUCAUUGAAACGUAGUGUGGCCUGGAUUUUGAAAGUACGAAAAGAACUGUUAAGACGUGCUAAUGUGAAAAGACUCAAUUCUCAUGCAAUAGUGCAGGACUAUUCGUAUGACAAGACUGUCAUUUCAUAUCAGGAUCUGAAAGAAGCAGAAAGAACUAUACUUGCUUUCAUUCAACGACAGGAAUUUCUUACAGAAAUAAAUACCCUUGAGUCAGGAAACUCUCGUGUUAGUCAUGGUAGCAGAGUCAGGAGCCUGGAUCCGUUCUUAGAUGCUGGACUUUUGCGAGUUGGUGGUCGCUUACACAAGUCAAGUUUUCCAGUGGAGAUGAAACACCAAGUGAUUUUACCAAAACAUCAUCAUGUGUCUACCUUAAUUAUCAGACAAAUUCAUCAAGACCUAUUACACAGUGGCAGAAAUCACAUGUUAUCUAAAUUAAGAGAAAAAUAUUGGCUUAUUCAUGCUCCUUCUGUAAUUCGAAAAGUCAUAUCAAAGUGUGUUACUUGUCGACGACAGAGGUCAAAGGUCGGAGAGCAAAAGAUGGGAAGUCUACCCAAGGAUCGCCUUACACCAGAUGAAUCACCAUUUAGCCGUGUUGGAGUUGAUUACUUUGGACCUUUUGAAGUAAAAGUGAAACGGAGCCGUGUUAAGCGCUAUGGUGUCAUUUUCACUUGCCUUGCUAGUCGGGCCGUGCAUUUGGAAGUUGCGGCUUCAUUAGAUACAGACUGUUACAUAAAUGCCCUGCGCCGUUUUAUUGCAAGAAGAGGACAAGUUAAGAAAAUACGUUCUGACAAUGGAACUAACUUUGUUGGUGCCGAACGUGAGCUUAAAAGAUCCAUACAAGAAUGGAACCAAGCCCAAAUUCAAUCUGCAAUGUUACAGAAGAAUGUAGACUGGCAGUUCAACCCACCAGCAGGAUCACAUCAUGGUGGUGUGUGGGAGAGGAUAAUCAGAACUAUCCGCAAAGCCAUGAAUAGUGUUCUAAAGGAGCAGAUACUUGAUGAUGAAGGACUUCAUACCCUAAUGUGUGAAAUUGAAUAUACAGUCAAUGACCGACCAAUAACAAAGAACAUCGAUCAACACUGUGACUUGGAGCCUCUUGCACCAAAUCAUUUGCUUUUGAUGAAGAGGAAACCUAACCUUCCUCCAGGAGUCUUCGAUAAGACAGAUGUGUACCACAGACGACGUUGGAGACAGAUACAAUAUAUGGCUAACCUGUUCUGGCAUCGUUGGGUACGCGAGUACCUACCACUUCUCCAGGAACGACAGAAAUGGCAUAAUAUCAAGAGGAACUUUCAAAUCGGUGAUAUUGUGUUAGUCGUAGAUUCGAACGCCCCAAGAAACUCUUGGCCGAUGGGAGUAGUGCAUGAGACAAUUCCCGACAGAAACGGACUUGUGCGUCAGGUGAAAGUGAAAACUGCGACAAACAUUUUAAGGCGCCCUGUGGACAAACUUUGCAUGAUCUUAGAGAUGGACUAA